AUGGAUGAUCCUUGGCUAGUUGGGAGAGACUUUAAUGUUAUUACACAUGAUGGAGAGCGCACUGGUCAUAAAACUCGUGAUCGAGGCACUACUACUUUCUCUGAUAUGAUGUUAGACUAUGGUUUAGAGGAUACGGAUUUCCUUGGAAAUCGAUAUACUUGGACCAAUGGUAGGCUUAUAGUGAGACACUUGAAUCGGACUUCAUCUAACCAUUCUCCUUUACUGGUUCAGUGGAUUUCUAAUGAUGACUUAGGGCCUAGACCAUUUAAAUUCCUUAAUCAAGUACGAGAUGCUAAGGUAGGGCUUGAUGAGGCUGAGAUACUAUAUGAUAGAGACCUCACAUCGGAGCACCGCGACUUUACACAUCAUGCCCAGGCAGUUUUGAACAUGACCUUGUCUAUUGAGGAGGGUUUUUGGAAGCAAAAGGCCGAUUCAUGUUGGGUAUGUGAGGGUGAUCACAAUACUCGAUAUUUCCAUGUGAUGGCUCAGGGUCGUAGGAUCAAAUCGCGUAUCAAGUCUAUCAGGACAUAG